GAUGCGCAACUUGUGCAUUUACUUGUUCAUAACGAUGUCCAGUGCAAGUCCCAAGUCAGCCUUGCUAAACGUCAUACACCGAGCGGCUGACUACUGAACGAACCUGCCUUUCUUCGUAUUAACUUCUGGACCAUUGGUUUGUGUUUGCUGGUUGUUCGCCAUGUCACCGUCCUAUACCCUUUCGAAGUAUUUUGCCGUCGAACGCUCGGAUUUUCCAGCAUCAUCAGGAGGAAGAGCGUGGAUAAAGAAGCCUCCACCCAUCCUCCGAGACUUGCGAAACACUCUGGCAUUGCAAGCAACCGAGAGCAGCCGUUAUAGUAUCGAACAAGGUGUUCCCUUUGACGCUUCCUCUUUUUUCGUCCCAGAAAGUCCCUCCUCCCCGGAAAGUCGUAGACACCACCGCAGAAAUGGCAGGUAUCGAGUCACCCCCAUCGCCCUCCCUGUUAUUCCGUAUACUGUACCCUCGCUCGACCUGUCGGGGCACACACCCGUCGAUGCGCUUGCCUUUCACGUUUCGGAUCGUGAUGCGUCCGCUGAAGAAGCAAUUAUCUUCAGCAACAAGCGUAGCUCAUCAAUGAUCAUUUCGAAUUCUGACCAUGAAAACCCCAAUGUCGACAACAAUUCUUCCCUCUUAGGAUCCAAACAUGCUGCCAUCCAUCACGCUACUAAAUCGUUCAAUCCGCAGAGCGCUCCAUUGAAUUGUCCUAUCGUCGAUCAGAAUGCCCUGGUCUUCACUAUCCCUCCGUGCUCUCCUACACUCCCGCUCAGCCCACCUACUGCAUCAAGCUCUCCGAUUUCUGACCUUCUUUCCAAGCGUUCUGGUAGGAUGUUUAGGCUCGUCCCAACCCAGAAUGACCGCUUCAUGCAUGCUGUUGCGACCGACCUGACUGAUUACCACAUCGAAUGCCCGUUAGAAAGUCAUUGCUCAUCCUCCCCAACACAUAUCGGUUUUCCUCCCGACAUGCUCGCACUACUUCAGGAACUCGAUGAACUUGCUAGUUGGGUCCAAGAUUUUCCAUACCCUGAAGCGGCUUUAGGAGCACUUGACACCUUUACCAUUGGCUCAACUGUACCUGUAUCGUGUCCGCAUGCGCUCCGCUGGCUCAGCAAUAUUCAAGGUGACCAUUUUCUCCAACAGCCCGUGUUGCUGGACAAAGGUAAGAGGCGGAUGCUGACCGAAUCCACGGAUGAUAUGUCCGAGGUAAACCAAUCUGCCUUUUUGGCUUUUUCCAGGAUUAAUCUGCUUGGAAGUGCCAGUCUCAUUUGGCCAUUCUACCAGCCAGCACACCUGUGGCACGGAGGCGAUCAAUCCGAUACAUAUACGAGCCUCGGGGCACACCAUCAUUCCUCGUCGGUAGUUCUACCUCACCUGUUGCAUACCCCGCAGAAGGGUACCGGAGUCCUCCUCGCGAAGUCAUCACACCUGGCCCAUCUUCCAUCACCAGUCUCAAUACAAGUACCCCUGUCAUCCGAGCAUGUGGUCGCCGCUCUGUACCCAAUGUAUCACCCUCGCCCUUGGUCUCUCCCCCUACCGGCAUGACUUCGUUCAAGGCGUUCUUUAAGAGGUCUCGCUCCAAUACAAUGUCAGCGCCCCAAUCAAAUACGUGCGGGAGGGAGAAGAAGAAAUUUGGGUGGCUGAAGAUAUAAGUGGUUCAUGGUAUACAGGGCUAGGGAAUGUCUUCGAUUAUUUUUUUUUGGAUUUUUUUUCCCCCUGUUCUGUCACAGCACAUGUUCGUUCUCGUCAUAUUUGCAG